CCAACGCGACGAGGAGGAAGGGGGAGAGGCGAAGAUUCCAUGGCGGCUAGUUACCCGUAUGGACAGGGUUUCCCUGGGUCUGCAGGACAGGCUCCAGGAGCUCCCCACGGUGGGUACCCCGGAGGACAGUAUGGAGGUGGACUGCCUGCUGGGGGGCCGUAUAGGGGCCCAGCGCCUGGAGGCCCAUAUGGACCACCAUCCAGUGGAGGAGCUUAUGGAUACCCUUCCUCUGGCCCUUCUGGUGGAAUGUAUGGAGGUGGCCCAGCCCCAGGAGGGCCAUAUGGGCAGCCUGCUAAUCCCUAUGGUGCCCCCCAACCUGGACCCUACGGGGCAGGCAGUUCUGGAGCAGGCCAUGUUCCCCCUGGUGUGGACCCAGAAGCUUUCUCUUGGUUCCAGAGUGUAGAUGCUGACCGCAGCGGAUAUAUCUCGACCAAGGAGCUCAGGCAGGCCCUUGUCAACUCCAAUUGGUCUGCUUUCAGCGAAGAUACUUGCUUGAUGAUGAUGAACAUGUUUGAUAAAAGCAAGUCUGGUCGGAUGGAUCUCUAUGGGUUUUCAGCCUUGUGGCGUUUUAUACAACAGUGGCGGAGUCUGUUCCAGCAGUUCGAUCGGGACCAUUCAGGAAGCAUUAACUGUAACGAACUGCACCAAGCUCUUUGCCAAAUGGGAUACAAUUUGAGCCCCCAGUUUUCCCAGCUGCUGCUGUCCCGUUAUUCACAGAAGGCUUCCAAUCCUGGCAUCCAGUUGGACCGCUUCAUCCAGAUCUGCACUCUCCUCCAGAGCAUGACCGAAGCCUUCCGGGAGAAGGAUACUGGCAUGACGGGCAGUGCACGGAUCAGCUAUGAAGACUUCCUGAUGAUGUCAGCUUCUCGCAUGUUGUGAAACCUUUCCUUUUGAGAAACAAGGAUAGCGAUGGACCCUGCAGAGGACUGUUGGCAUUUCUAGCAAGAUAGGGAAGGAAGGGCCACCUUGUGCACAAGGGUUGGUGAUGAAGGAUAUUGAAACCACCAUCCUUUAUCUUUAUUUCUGUAAUGCUGAUGCCUCAGUUCUACAAAUGGAUUCUUUGAAAUUGUUCUACAGAUGAUAUAUUUGAUUGUUGUGGAUUGUUGUUGCUCCAUAUAACUCCUAGGGGAAGAAAUUACCCAUGCUAUCAAACUUCCCCCAUGAGGUGUCUUCCAGAUACAUUGGAAUUUAAUUCUCAGAAUCCCUCAGCCACGUCAGCUGGGGAUUCUGUUUGAGUUGAAGUCCAAAACAUCUGGAGGCACCAUACCAGGGAAAAGCAUAACUAUGGCACCUGAUACCCUCUUCCCUAAAUUCUCCUCCUUCGGCCCCAGGUAUAAAGUCAUAAAAACCUUCAGUUUAGAAUUAGCUCCCAGCUUCAGAGCAAGUAGCCAGGCAUAUUGAAUUAUGUCUCUUCCUUCUGAAUUUGCCACCUGCGUUUCGCUGUGCAUUAACACAGGCCUGCCUUAAGCAGACCUGAAUUCCAAAGCAGAAAGUGCCCCAUAAGGACUAAGAGUGGGACGGGCAAUGCUUUUCUCUUUACAGCGGCCCAGAUUCUGCUCCUUGGUGCCCAUUCCAGCUCCCAGUUUGCCAUCAGACCCCCCGCCAAAGUUUCUUUUUCGAGGGGGGCGUUCCUGGUAAUCUUCAUCUCGAGCCAUUCCUGUUCACUUCAAAACUGCAGGUGCUCUUGCCAGUCAUUAAUUUAGAUGCUUGUCUUCUUUCUUGCCAACAUUUUGCUUGUCAUUUUCAUAGUGGCCGAAAUCAUGGUUAAUGAUGUGCCAGUCAGAGAUUUAUACUUGAAUACAUCGUACAAUAAAGAAUUUCAAGCACUGUAA